GAAAGUUUUCGAACCAGUACGGUUGCAAGCAGCGAGCAAAGCGCGAAGCAACAAGUAUCUGACCGAGCUUUCGGAGAGAAAGAGAAAGAGAGCACAAACUCGAGUGAGGAAUACAUAUCUGAUCCGCAUUACUCGCACGUCUCCGCGAUUCUUUCGAAGAAAAAUAACAAGCCAACGACGUAAGAUACUCGACGAGAAGAGAAUCGAAGAAGUUCUGUGUUGUUGUGUCCGAGUGUGAUUUUGAAAAUAACAAUGCCGGCCGACGUAGCGAUGCACACCAACUUCCUGCAGUUCACCAGCAAGACCAGCCUGGCCGAUUCGAACGUCGACUCGUGCUGGAACACGGAGAACAUGAGCGGGUACAUGACCCUCGUGGGUCCGAACGGACACCGGCAGGGCGUCCAAGUCAAGGUGUACCGAACCAGCGUCGAACACUUCGCGGUGAUCUAUCCCCAGAAGAAGGUCUGCCGUCCGUUGGGUGUCCUGAACCUCCGUAACACGACGAUCGAGCGUUUCGGCGACGAGGGAUUUCUCGUUCGGCAAAAGGGUUUCGACUCCCCGGUAGCCCUGACCUUCCUCGUCGAGUGUAAGAAGGAGCUGGACUACUGGAUCCUCGCCUUCACCGCCCGCAACAGUCCGCUGAUGCACCAGAGCAGUUUGCCGAUAGUCGAAGAGGAGGAGAUAUAAGUCGGAGUGGCUGGGUUCAGGGCCGAAAGCCACCUCGAACGAUUCCCUUCGUCUGAAACAGUCGUGAAUAGACGAAUAUUUACAAGCCAAUAUUUUCCACAUCGACGUCGACGUCGACGUCCUCGACUCUGCGCGGUGUUUUUCUACGAUCGUCGCUGACAGCAGCGUCUGCAUCGGAAUGUCCGAACGGAACGGAUCACCGAUGAUCGGAGUUGUGCUGCGCAAGGAUUGAUCUACCACGAGGGUGAGCGGUCACGAUCACUGGCGACGACGACGAGUAAUAACGGAGAGAGAAGAUUCGCGAGACGACAUCCUCAGCCCGGAUCAUCCGCCAGAAGGCGAGACAAAACUCCAAGCGGGGCCAUGUUUGGUUGGUGCGACUGCAUCGAUCUGCUCCAGCAGCGACUCUCUCUCCUCCUAUCCAAGCGGCAGGGAGCAGAAUUGUGCACCCGUCAGUCGGCAAGCCUGCAUUUACGCAUAUCGUCGCUGUAGUAUGUCGUGUGUGCGUGUGUACGUAAUUUAUAGAUCAUAUUAUGGAUGAAAAGGAGACGGAGAUCGUGUAUUUUAUUCUUCGUUCGAAAAUGUAACAGACUAUGUCCGCGCCGGCCGCUUUCUUUCCGCAACGGCAACGGCAACGCAAUAACAAUAAUAGUAAUGAUGAUAAUAAUGAAAAGCCGCACCGUUAGCUCUAGCUUAGCAACGCCCGACGGCGGAAAGAGCGUGCCGAAGAUAAGAGGAGAGGUGGAGGAUAAGGUGGAAACGGAGGAGGCAAAAAGUCACUUUGAUGUUCUAGAUUUUUGCGAUACCCUCUACAGCUCUCCUCAUUCGUACUGUUUGUAUCGUGUGAAACCAUUGACGAACGUAGUAGUUUUCAUUUUGUCUUGUGUUACAUCGUAAGAAAGAAACAUUGUUAAUUAAUUUUUAUCAUCAAUGUAAUUAUCGCUAAGAUUGUCUGUGAUAUCGUUGCACGUCGACAUUUUCUUUUUUUUGUUUUAAUUUCUUUUUUCAAUUAAAUUCAACAAUACAGUAGCGGACAAAGCAAUUGAGAUGACAAAUAUUCAACAUUUUAUAAUUCGUUAAAAAUUAAUUUGUACCGCGCGUCAGAACAUUUACCGACCAUUGUACUUUUAAUAAGAACAUUCAUUGAUCUGUUCAUUAUUCUCGUGCAUUUUUAUCCUUAUACCUCGUAUUCAUUUUCAAAUUUAUACUUACGAUUUCAGUCGACUUUAUACAGUGUAAAUAGUAAAUGUUUGGAAUUACAUCAUAGGUUUUUGAUAAACGGAUGAUGGCCGUAGUUUUUAAGAAAAUAGUAUAAGGAUCAAUUAUAUACGUAUAGUAAAUCGAUUUGUAUAGGUCUCCAUGUUCAUCCCGUGUUAUUAUCAUACAAUAUAACAAUGCCAAGUAAUGAAAAAUAAAUACCAAAUGAAAAGAA